UUCCUGCCGAAUCUUCUCCCUCAGCCCUAGGUUAAUUCUUUUGCAUUUAAAUAUGGCUCUUAGAGUUUUAGUAGUUUAGAAUGUGUGAAAUGAAAGGGAAACUAAUUGGGCCUUCUGGAAUUUAGUUUCCAGUCUUCCUAAGACUUUUAGGUGAUACCCCAUAACUUUGUUAACUUUUCCUUAUUUUACAUGGACUUGUAAGUCAACAAAUAUUUCUAUACUGCCUAUCGUGUACAAGGCAUGGGGGUUGUAUUUUCUCAGUGAAAUGAGAGAGGAGUGCGUCCCUCAAAUAUUUGACUGAUAAACUAGUACAUCUUAUAGAAUGUGUGACAAUAGGGAAAGUUCUCUCUUGGUUGGACAAAUGGAUGGGUUUAUUAUUUGUUUCAGCAGGCUUUAACUCCUCCAUCGGCCACAGUUUUUCGCAUUCCCUGGAGGAGGGGCUAAGACGCGCCCGAAAGCUUUCUUUUCUGAUGUGUAUUUUCCAAUCACGUCAGGCCUUCCUGAAGGCUAUCCUUGAACAGCCUUCCUACCUGAGUGACGGCGAAGGCCUGGCAGGUUUCCAAGUUUUCGCUUCAGUCUGAAGCUUCCUGGAAGCACCGCGGGUGCGACCACAAAGCCAGGUCACAAUCGCUCCCCACGACACCUCCGCAGGUUCCCCCCCAGCCGCUGCAGCGCGCCUGCGUGUCGGAGCCCCUUUGUUGCUCGGACGCCCGGGUCCGGAUGCGCCUGCGUAGUGGGCCGGCGCGGACAAGUGCGCUGUGCCGCUGGCACCGGCGGGGGGCGAGCAGACAUCCAGCCGCCGCCGCCGCCGCAGCCGUUGGGACCGCCGCAGCGGAGUUCGGAGGGCCCGGAGGUGGGAGACUUCCCACACGGGGGCUGAGAUGUCGUCCACCGCGGCCUUUUACCUUCUCUCCACCCUCGGAGGGUACUUGGUGACCUCGUUUUUGCUGCUCAAAUAUCCAACCUUGCUGCACCAGAGAAAGAAACAGCGAUUCCUCAGUAAACACAUCUCUCACCGCGGAGGUGCUGGAGAAAAUUUGGAGAAUACAAUGGCAGCCUUUCAGCAUGCAGUUACAAUUGGAACUGAUAUGCUGGAAUUGGACUGCCAUAUCACAAAGGAUGAACAAGUUGUAGUGUCACAUGAUGAGAAUCUGAAGAGAUCAACCGGGGUCAAUGUAAACAUCUCUGAUCUGAAGUACUGUGAACUCCCACCUUACCUUGGCAAACUGGAUGUCGCGUUUCAAAAAGCAUGCCAAUCUGAAGGAAAAGAUAACCGAAUUCCAUUACUGAAGGAGGUUUUUGAGGCCUUUCCUAACACUCCCAUUAACAUCGACAUCAAAGUCAACAACAAUGUGCUGAUUAAGAAGGUCUCAGAGUUGGUGAAGCUGUAUAGACGAGAACAGAUAACAGUGUGGGGUAAUGCCAGUUAUGAAAUUGUAGAAAAGUGCUACAAAGAGAAUUCAGACAUUCCUAUACUCUUCAGUCUACAACGUGUUCUGCUCAUUCUUGGCCUGUUCUUCACUGGCCUCUUGCCCUUUGUGCCCAUUCGAGAACAGUUUUUUGAGAUCCCAAUGCCUUCUAUCAUAUUGAAACUAAGAGAACCACACACCAUGUCCAGAAGUCAAAAGUUUCUCAUCUGGCUUUCUGAUAUUUUACUAAUGAGAAAGGCUUUGUUUGACCACCUCACUGCCCGAGGCAUUCAGGUGUAUGUUUGGGUAUUAAAUGAAGAACAAGAAUACAAAAGAGCUUUUGAUUUGGGAGCAACUGGAGUGAUGACAGACUAUCCAACAAAGCUUAAGGACUUUUUACAUAAUAUUUCAUCAUAGAAAAGGAGGUACUCAGAAACAUUCAAAGAAAACGUGAAAAGACCUACGAAAAAAAAUUUCACCAUCAUUUCCCUAAGCCAUUUCCAGAAUGGUAAAAGGUUUAAUCAGUUAAGUUUUUAUUACCUCAUUUUUAAACCUGUCUGAGAAUGUAGAAAUUAUAUAUUGUAUAUUUAUUUUAAGCAAUAUUGUAUAUUUUAAAUUUGUAAAUAGUUUGUUUAGGAAGAUAAUUGGUUAUGAGAUGUAAGUAGAAGAUUAUUGACCAAGAUUUCUAUAUAUGAUGCAGUAUUCCACUAUUGUAAGUAAUUCUGAAAUCAAACUGUUAGAUAAAUUUGACAUUAGCCCUCAUGAAAUAUGAUCAACUAAUUAGUAAAACAAAAUUAUUGAAGGCCAGUACAGCUAUUCUGAGUUGUCUUAUUAUUUCUAGGUACAUCUUAGUUAAAGGGGACAAAUACAGUAGAAGGAGAGCUUGGAAAUCAGUGAUGUAGUUAUCUGACAAGUUGUACAUUGUUAGCGGAAGGCAGACUCAAAGAAAUAACUAAAAGUUUAUUACUUGCUCAGAAAUACAAUCUGUAGACUGAAUUAGAUUUCUUGGUUGCUGUUGUUAAUGGAAACAUUCUAUUUGGAAUCCUUUCCAGGUGUGUAACAGUGCUACCAUGUCUUUUUUUUUCUGUAAACGUUAAAUUGGACUUAAUCAAUUGUAAAUUUAGACAAGAUCCAAAUAGUCAUAUUUUUAUCUUUCCUCUAAAGAAAUGUAAAUUUUCCAUUUGGGGCAAUAACUAACUGUUUGGGCUUACAUCUAGGAUUUUAAAUAACAUCUUGAAUCCUAAUAGUCAUAUGAAACUGACAAAAAUGUGUAUCAUUCUUUCUAAUACUUAUAGUAUAAACCACCUCUUCUUGAUCUUUUAGAAUUUAUUCUUCUGAAUAUUAAGUGGAGACAGAAUUUCCCAAAGCAUUAGACAUCACUCUCUCAGUUUUUCUGAUGUGACUUCAUUCAAAUCUCUUUCUAAUCUUUUUGACCGGUUUUCCUUAUCUCUUUGGGAGGUAAAUAUAAUCUGAAAUGAUAAGUGUCUUUUACCUAGAUUGCGUCUCUCAUUUGAAGUUUGCCGGCUAACAGCUAUGAAGGAAGAUCACACUCUUCCAACUGUCACUGGAUGACGUGAAUAACAUUUGCUUUUUUGUUUAAACUGAAAUAAAGUUUUCCAAGAACAAAAUAA